AUGGCUAUUCAGCUGGAGAACGACGACGCGAUCGAUGCGCCCGACCGGAUUGCAUCAAUUAUUAUUUACAAACGGCUGGGAUUAACCAAAGGUUUUCUGCUCAGGUGGAUCAAAACCGGAGCAGUCCACGACUUCGUGUUCGUUGGCAAGGACGUGAUAGCAACCGCGUCGGGGAAUUACGUGAUAUUCUACAACUUGGGAACUAAAGAGAAGAGGAUCGAAUAUUUCAAUGACGCGACCAGAGGCGAAGGCGCUUGCUGUUUGGCAGGACAUCCGGUCACUCCGAUGUUCUCAAUGGCGGAACGAUGCUACAGCCCGAAGAUAUACGUUCACACGUAUCCCGAGAUCAGAAAAGUCGCCGUAUGCAGACUUGACAAGGGUCCGAACUCUUAUCUCUCGUGUUGCUUCGCAGGUACGGAAUAUCUCUUGAGCUUAACGUCCUUCCCGAAUUUCCAGCUGAUCGUCUGGCUUUGGAGGACUGGGGAAAAAAUGACCUCUGUGGAUACGAUGCUCACGGAUGAGAUUCAAACGAUCGAAGCUUCGUUGAUAUCAGCACAUUUGGUUUAUCAGUUUUCACCUGCAGCGGGAAAACUCUGGACUUACGAGAUUUAUACGUACUCCAAAAAGAUUACCGUUAUUAAAAACUGUAUAAAUUCGAUAGAACAUAAAAUCGAUUGCGUUUGCUGGACAAACAAUGGUAAUUUGUUGCUGUGCGACAUCUACCAAAAUGUGUAUAUUGUCAGCAGCGAUGGGAAGAAGUGUGCGCUAAUCAUGUGCGGGGAUAUAGAUGUCGAAGCAAGGAAACAAAUUUCUGUUCUUCCAUUUCUGAACGGAUUCGUAAUGGUGGAUAAUAACUCGCAAUUAACUGUGAGUCUAUUUAUUGCUAAUACGAAUUAUAAUAAUAAAUCACUUUUAGAGAUUAACUCCAGUGAGGUGUGUAACGCUUCAUGGUUUAUCAAGUGUUCUUCUCAUCCUAUAAAAAUGAUACUGGCACGUCACAAAGAAGCGAUUUUGAUUCAUACUGAUGCUGGAAAUAUCUUGGAAUUGUCCUUUAACGAGAAUCAACCAAAUUUGGAACGAAUUUUCGAAACUUGCCGAAAGUUUGUAAGCAUGUGUAUGUUGAAGCCACAAGAAUCUCAUAUCGUUGUACUUGAUGAUUCGAAUAGUUUAAAACUUGUUGACAUUUUUGACGGAGACGUUUGCACAGAAUUUGACAUUGAUAGGAAUGAUCAAGUUAAUAUUUGUUAUUAUUUUUCAGUACUUUGCAUAAAAACGCAUCCUUAUAUUCCGUUACUAGUAGUGAGCACGACGUCAGGAAAGUGCAUUAUUUUCAUCGCAUCAAAAAAAAGUUUUCACAUGUUAAAAAUGAUUCACUUGCAUCGAAAUCCUUUGGAGAGAGUAAAAUUUUCCAAUAAUGGUUGCCUUUUUGGCGCCGUAUCGACUGAUCCAAGUCAUAUUUUUCUGUUAAGAACCAUCGUGAAGAUGGAAAUAAUAGUAUUUUUUCACAUGGCUUUAAAGAAACCUAUUGUAGAUUUUCUCAUUUUUGAAAUUCGUGAAACGGUACGAUUAGUGAUUCUCGUUAAAACAUUUCCCACUGCACCUGCUGGCGAUUUCAUUGAAAUAUAUUCAGUGAACAAGUGGGAAAAUUCGUGUCAAAAGAUUCAUAGAAUACAUUUGCAUGGCCAUUACCAGAAUUUGAAAUAUGGUCCAGGAAAUGUCUGUGAUUUUAUGGGGAUACCAUACCUUUUGAAACAAUUACAUCUAUAUAAAAUUGAGAGCGAUUUGAUUGUUUUGACAAACGUUCUAUUUUCCGAGCAUAAGCUAAGGAAAUUCGACAUAAGUGUAUCUAAAACCUUUACAGUUACAUGUGGAUUUGACGGCUUUGUAAUUUUACGAGAGAACUCAAACUUAUCGAAAAGUCAAAAGGUUUUUAUGGUGCAUCACUACCAAGAAAAAGGGACCAAACGAUCUCUAUCUGCAGUUUGUGGCAAGAUCAUCCUUUCAUUGGGAAAAAACGGUAGUCUCGUUUGUAUAAAAAAUUGCGAAUCGCAAGAAGUAAGCAAAGACGAAUUUGUGGAAUUUAAAAAAAAUAUAGAAACUUUUAAAUGGGAAUAUAUAGAUAUUGAAGCUACAAUUUAUGAUAACAAAACAUUUCUCGAACUCGAAGACGAAAAAACUAUUGAACGCGAGAGGAAUGAUAUGCUACGUAUAAAAAAUAUUACUUUGAAAGACUUGAGUAAUUUGAAGACUAAGAUCAAAAGACUGUUAGAUUUAAACGAGACAAAAAGUUCAGAAUGUCGAUUACCAGUAUCCACAUUUGAUUUGGAUAGUGAAAAGAGAAAUAAAAAAAUUAAUAUUGCUCUUAGUGAACAAGAAGAAGCAAAAGUAUAUUUGCAAACAAGUAUCAACCAGAAAGAGAAAAUUAUUGAGUAUUUAAUGAAAUCAUUUUGGAAUACUUUAGAGACCCACGACUGCACGCUUAUUUCAUUCAAUUGUAAAACUUACGUUAAUAAUUUUCGAUUACGCCAUAUGGAUAAGCCUGAAAAAAUGGAUGAUUUUUCUAUUGAACUUUUUAAUACUCCUUUGCUGAGUUCAUGCUUAGAAAUUAGUAAUUGUGAGACGGAUCAGCUAAUUCUCGAGCCAACCAUGUUCGAAGAAAUUCUACAAAAAUCCAACAGAGAUGAAGAGUUUUUGUACUUACAAUACAGUAACGACAUUGUCUUUACUGGAUCGACAAGUUUCCAAUGGAUAAAAGAUGCUGUUCCACCAAAUCAAUUAUUGAAAACAGUCUUUGACGACAGUCACCAUGACAUUAUUACAUCUAGAGAAAAUAGAUUAAAAAUUUAUUUUAACAAGAGGUUUGACGAAAUGAGGUCUCUAAAAAAUAAUGUACUAAUCGACAUGGAGGAUCGAUUAAAAAGAUUGAUAAAAUGCAAAAAAGAACUGAAAGAGGUGUUUGGUGUUACUUUCGAAAAUGAUAAAUUCGUCAACAUUAAAUGGCACUCUACCGAAACGCCAGAAGAUGUAGUUAUGAUUAAGGAAGAAGAGAUUCCGUUUGAAUUUCAAAAGGAUAUUUGCUUGAAUAAUGAAAAUGAAAAGACAAUUAAUAAUUUAGUAGAAGCGGAAAGGACGAACAUGAGUGUUCCAGAUCAUGAAGUCGUAUUUCGAGCAGCGAAACUUCAGGAUAUGAUGGAUGGUCUUUUAGAAGUAAGAUGGGAAGACGAAGUAAGAAAAGAUGUGCCGAAGCCAGAAUGUUUAUUACUGAAGCGUCCCUCGCAAUAUGACAAAAUCGAUAUUGCAGCUGUAGAAGUUUAUAAACAAAAAAUGGCUAAAUUAGAAGCCGAACGAAAAAAAUAUAAGUUGUUCUUGGAAACGGAGAUCAAAAAUAUAAAUGGUAAUAUAACACCAUGUUCUCAUAAAAAAUCAGGUUGAGAUAUUUAUCACGUUUCAGAGCAAAUAAAGGCCGACAUCGAGAAUUUUGACAGAAAGACGGAAGAAUUCGCUUUAGAAAAGAUAAAAAUAAAAUCGGCCAUCCUACAAGAAUUCCUUUUACGAUUGAACGACCAAAAAAGACGACUUCUGAAGGAUUACGCUAACAGAAAAAUGUUCAGCAUCGUUAAUCACGAUUUAGUAAUAUUGGAAAACGAAAAUAGAACCUUGUCGAACGAAGUGACAAGCAUAGAACCAAUAGUAACAGAUUUGCGAAACAAAUAUGAAAGUUUAAAUAAACGUGAUAGAGUUUUGGAGGGAAAAUUUCGAGGCGAAUUCGCGGAAUUGAAACAACCGAUAGUCGAGCAUUUGUUGAGACAAUACAAGCGCCGGCCACGAAUCGGCCAAAUUACUUGCACCUCGUUGACCUAUUUAGUGGAAACGAAUAAGUGUCUAAUGGCUGGUAAAAAGUCGGCAAUAUUGCCGCGGGAAUAUUUGGAUUUUUUGCGCGGAAUGGACGCGCUAGAUGUGAUGCCGAACAGUUUACCUCCGCAAAUCGAUACCAGUCAUUGGCAAUCCCUGUGCAAACUACGCAGAAACAAAGUAGAAAUAGAAAUCAAGUUGAGAAUCGCCGCUUUGGAAUUAGCUGAAGCCGAACAGACUUUCUUCUAUUUACAAAAGCUGAGCUCCGUGGCACAGAGCAAGAUAUUUUUCAUGAAAAAUACCAUCGAAGAAGAAACGAUAAAGCAAUCGAAGUUCUUGAAAAAUCCCGAAAUACAGCUGGUGCUGAAAGCUGCGCAAAUAGAAAUACUGAUCACCGGAGAUAUUAAUAACUUUGAGAAUGCAGCUGUGGUCACGUGCAAACAACUCGUAGAUGUCAACAAUGAAAUUAUUAUGGAAGGAGAGAAAAAGAUUGCAGCUAUGCGAGCCUUGAUGAAGUUGAAGAAAAGUAUUCGCUUUAGAAGCUGGAAGUAUCAGUGCAUGUUUAAGAAGAUGAAGCAUCUGAGGGAACACCUUACUGUUUUGCAAAAGACUAAGAUUGGAAAAGAAAUGCAAAACUACUUGGUAGAAAGGCUCGAAGACAAAAUACAGUACAAAGACGCCACUUCGUGCGAUAAAAUGUUGAAAUCGGUUCAAAGGAAGUUCGAAAGGAUGUUGGACGACGAGAGAAUCAACCUUCUGAGGGUUCUCACCGAAAUAAACUAUUGGAGCAAAAUGAACGUCGAACUGAUCACGAGUAAAGAACUGUUCUCGUUAAAAAAGCAGAAACAGAUCGAACAGCUGGAAGAGGAUCAUUUGCGGAAGAGAAACAGGCUGUUCCAUAAAAAUCACUUACGUUCAAUUAUGGAAAGAACAAGGCUCGUUGAAACAGUGAAAGAAAGUCAUAACGAACUCAUGAACCUGCAGACGCAAUUGGAAUUGUUAAAAUUGAAAACUUACCCGACGCUGCGCUGUAAGGACGCGUCUUAUUAUAGGAGAAGUAUAUUGAAGAAAUACAGCUAUACUUGAGCUGUACGAUAUUUUACAAUAAACGCCAAGAGGAGAAUUUAGCGUUGAAAUUAAUGCGAUAUCUCCUAAUGAUACCUUUUCCUGAUUGAUAAAGCAAUAGCGCGCGCAUGACUGUACACACCAUUGAAGCUCGAAACAAGUUUGCCCGCGCGCGCGCAGCCGGAGUCGUAAAAUGUCACGAAAAGCGAGGCAAAGCGAGAGAAAAUAAAGCCAUGGAGGCAAUGAAGAAGGUAAAAUAGGGCUGAGCGAAAGCGUAAAUUCCUCGACUAUGUCUGCCAGGGAUUGAACUCACUGUCAAAUGAAAGCCAGUCUUUUAUACUCGUUGACCCGCAGAAAAAUUGAAAAUUAAAUUAUUCUAAAAAAAAUCAGUUGAAGCGAACCGUGUAGCUCUAUACGAACACUCGCGCGUGUAGCAUAUCUCUCCCGUCUCCGAGUGAAGUUAGCGAGCUAUACCUGGGCAGAAUUCUUUCGCAUUCUCCGAUGGCGCGCUGAGAGCGAAAGCCAGUCGAGCGCGUGUAGUAUAAGAGAGAAAGAGAGAGAAUCGAUCUCGCAUCU